UCCCUCUGACGUAUGACUCAUUCUGUCCAAGAUGGCGAUACACCUGCUGUCAUGAUCCGCCUCUUAAAGCAGUUGAGAGCCCAGGAAAGUGAGUGAGAAUUAACGGACGGCGUCGAGGAUUGGACUGUGUCGUCCGCCAUGUCCACGGAGGAGCUGUCGGCCUCGGACAGCGAAGCCGUGUUGGCCGGCGCCGGAGAGCGCUGGGCACCGGUGGGCGCCGUGGCCAGCCCCGAGGAGGAGAGCGCGAGCGUCGGCCAGCCGAGGCAGAGAGGCUCGGCCGGCGAGGAGGAAAUGGCGGUGCGGCUGAUGAGGCUGGAGGAGGAACAGGAGCAGCUCAACUCCUCUUUGCUCGCCCUCACGUCGCACUUCGCCCAGGUGCAGUUCCGCCUCAAGCAGAUCGUCCACGCUCAGAGCGAGGAGAAGGAGAAGAUGCUCACCGAGCUGGAGGAGUUCGCCUUCAGGGGCUGCCCGCAUGUGGUGGGCAGCAGGGCCUGCGACGCCCGGCAGAUCCACAACACGAGUGAGCGAGAAAAGCGCGAGCGCCUGGAGGCUCAGAGGGAGAAACAGAAAGAUCUCAUCUUCCAGCUGAAGACCCAGCUGGACGACCUGGAGCACUUUGCCUACCAGGAGGGCAGCUACGACUCGCUGCCGCAGUCGGUGGUCAUGGAGAGGCAGAAGGUCAUCAUCGACGAGCUGAUCAAAAAGCUGGACGUCAACCUGAACGAGGACAUCGGCAACCUGUCGCCGGAGGAGCUGCGGCACCGAGUGGACACCGCCAUCGCGCAGAUCGUCAACCCGGCGCGUGUGAAGGAACAGCUGGUGGAGCAGCUGAAAACGCAGAUCCGAGACCUGGAGAUGUUCAUCAACUUCAUCCAGGAUGAGGUGGGCAACCCUCUCCUGUCUGAUGGCGCCCGCAGUCAGCAGCCUCAAGCGGCCGCCAGCAGGGUCGGAGCCCCCGGAGUGAAGAGGACGGUGGACCCGGAGCAAGCCCAGAGGAUGCGGGAGACGGGUCUGCAGCUGAUCCAGAAGGCGCUCGCCGUGCUGCAGAUCUUUGCCGCCAGCCAGUUCGGCUGCUCGACCAGCCAGGUUCCGGCGAGCGUGUGGCCUCAGGAGUCAGGCCAGAGAGACUACGGUCCUCUGCUGCAGCGCCUGGAGGCGGUGGUGGAGAAGGUGCGAGUGCUGGGCUCGCGCAGGCAGCCGGCGCUCGAGCACGUGGUCAACUACACCAGCAACGCUGCGCUGGGACCGCGCGAUGAGCUGACGACAUGCGUGAGGAAGGAGCUGGCCAUGGCGCUGAAGGACUUGUUGGCCCACGGUCUGGUGUCGCCGUCGCAGACCGUGAGCCUGGUGCUGGCGCCCAUCUCCUGUCUGCUGCCGUACAGGGCCGCUCCGCAGACCAUGCAUCCCUGGGAACUCUUCGUCAAGUACUACCACUCCAAAAAUGGCAAGGCCUUUGCCGAGUCACCCGCUCGUCAGCUCUCGCAGUCCUUCAGCCUGCCCGUAGGUGGCGGCCCCGUCACCGUCACGCCCAAACAGUCUCUGCUGUGGGCCGUCCACACCGUCCUGAAAGAGCAUGGGCGCUACAAGCGAGGUCCAGACAUGGAGUUCAAGGCGCUGGUGUGCAUGGCGCUCAACGAGCAGCGUCUGGUGUCCUGGCUCAACCUGCUCUGUAAGGCGGGAACGCUCGUGCACCCGCACUACCUCUCCUGGAGCUACAUGGCGCAGACCGGCUUCGAGGGCGCCCUGCGCAUCCUGGGGCGCAUCAGUCACCUCAAAUUUAACCUCCCUGUGGAUCUGGCCGUGCGACAGCUGAAGAACAUCAAGGACGCUUUCUGAAGCGAGCGGACGUUUGACGCUGGACGUAGCGUAGCAACAACGUGACCAAGAUGACGAUGCUGCAAACAUCCGCGUGUCCUCUUCUAAACGCCUCCAAAGAUAUGCUAUGUUGAGUCCUUGCCUUUGACUUGAAGUGACCUCGCCUUCUUCUUGAGCUUCAUGACCUCGACACAUUCCGGCGCUACCGAGGAUAGACGUGUAGGCUAACCGCUACCGUAAUCCAAGAUGGACGCUUGCACACGGCAACCUGCUGCUUUUAGCUGAAAAAGAACAUUUUGCUGCUUUUGUUUGUCUUGUGACUUAUUUGAUUGGAUGAGAAACAUAUUUAUUGUUUUGUUACAUGAUUACAGUAAAAUAUGUGGCUGUGUUUCAUCCUGAGUAGCAAGUAUCUUUCCCUGAAUGUAAAAACCACAGAUGCCGCUUAAGCGCUGUAGUGAUGAUGGCACUACAUCAUCCUCAUACCUUGAAGCUCAUUCGUUCUUGUACAACAGGAGAUCCAUUUUCCGUUUGUUAUGUUAAUGCCAGCUCUUAUUUAUGGAUGGAAUCAUUUAUUUAUUGAACUGCAUGUUUUAGCUUUAGAGGUGAAACAUCUCCGCAGACUUUCCAAGCAGCUGCUGUGCUCCUUCGUCAGUCCAGUAGCAGAAGACCGGCUGAUGAUUGCGUAUCGUAUAUAUCAUAUCAUAUAUAUUGAUCUUAUUUCUUCACCUCCAACACAGUAUGUCAAGAUGUUGAACUAAGUUCUGUUUUGGAGUUCACCCCCAUGAUGUUUUAUGCUGUUGACCAGUUUGAAACUGAUUAAACAUUGCUGUGCUUC